AUGGGAUCCACGCGGCUGGUCCACAGCUUGGGAAUUCUCCUCUGUGGCUCCGUGCUUACUGUUGUCUACGGUUUGGUGGAUGCUGAUGAUGUCCUCACCAAGGAGGAGCAGAUCUAUCUGUUGUUCAACGCGAAGAGAAAAUGUGAACGAGCCAUCAAGUCAAAGCACAAGAUUGCUGAGGGCUUCUGUCUACCAGAGUGGGAUGGAAUUGUGUGUUGGCCAGAGGGACCUCCGGGGAGAUUGGUGUCUACUUCCUGCCCAGAGUAUGUCUACGACUUCAACCAUAAAGGUUAUGCAUAUCGCCGCUGUGACCUAAAUGGUACAUGGGAGCUGGCCACCACCAACAAUAAGACCUGGGCUAAUUACAGCGAAUGUGCAAAAUUCCUCUCCCAUUACAACCAAAACCAAGAGAGGGAGGUGUUUGACCGACUCUACCUAAUUUACACCGUGGGCUACUCAAUCUCACUGGGAUCCCUAAUGGUGGCCGUGGUGAUCCUGGGAUAUUUCCGUCGAUUGCAUUGCACCAGGAACUACAUCCAUAUGCACCUGUUUGUGUCCUUCAUGCUGAGAGCCAUCAGUAUCUUCGUGAAAGACAUGGCGCUGUAUUCCGGAGACGUUCUGGGGGAGAUGGAGCGGGUCAGUGUGGAGGACCUGAAGUCCAUUACGGAAGCACCGCCAGGCAACAAGACCCAGUUUAUUGGCUGUAAAGUAGCUGUGACACUCUUCUUGUACUUCCUGGCCACAAAUUACUACUGGAUCCUGGUGGAGGGCCUCUACUUACACAGCCUCAUCUUCAUGACCUUUUUCUCUGACAGAAAGUACCUCUGGGGUUUCACUCUGAUUGGCUGGGGUGUCCCUGCCAUGUUUGUGACAGUGUGGGCGAGCGUCAGAGCCACUUUGGCAGAUACAGAGUGUUGGGAUUUAAGCGCAGGCAAUGUGAAAUGGAUUAUACAAAUUCCUAUAUUAACAGCUGUUGUGAUCAAUUUUGUGUUGUUUUUAAACAUAAUCAGAGUCCUGGCAACAAAAUUAAGAGAAACGAAUGCAGGACGAUGUGACACCCGACAGCAGUACAGAAAGCUGUUGAAAUCCACACUGGUUCUCAUGCCUCUGUUUGGAGUUCACUACAUCAUCUUCAUGGCGAUGCCUUACACGGAGGUAUCAGGAGUGCCCUGGCAGAUACAGAUGCACUACGAGAUGCUUGUCAAUUCAUUCCAGGGAUUCUUUGUUGCAAUAAUAUAUUGCUUCUGCAAUGGAGAGGUCCAGGCUGAAAUCAAGAAGUCAUGGAGUAGGCGAACACUUGCCCUGGACUUCAAAAGGAAAGCCAGGAGUGGAAGCAAUACGUACAGUUAUGGACCCAUGGUGUCACACACCAGCGUCACGAACGUGACGGCCAGGGGCCCUUUGGCCCUGCACCUCACCACGCGCCUUGGGCCGGUCACCGUCAACGGGCACCGGAACCUCCCUGGCUACGUGAAGAACGGUUCCGUCUCGGAGAACUCCAUACCGUCUUCGGGGCAAGAGCUGCACAUCCCCGAGGAGGAGCCGUCCAACAGCACCCGACCCACGAUGGAGGACAAACCCCCGCCGGUGGUGGAGGAGGAGCGGGAGACUGUCAUGUGA